AUGGAAAGCAGACAUGCCUUGUUAGUGCGCUGGCUGACCCAGCGGGGCAUUGGCACCUUUCAGUUGCUGCUGCUGCGAGGUAGCUGUCAGGGCUUGGGCUGUUGCCUUUGGCUCCGUGGCCAGCCGCUAGAGACCUGGCUGGGCACCAGCCUAUUGGAGUACCAGGCGCUCUUCAUCCGUGCCGUGCUGGGCUACUGCGCUUUGUGCUUUUGUUUCAUGUCCAUCUCGCUGAUACCGUUUGCAGACGCCCUGAUUCUAGGGCAGACGGCUCCAAUCUUUUGGCAAAUUUUGGGCUGGGGCGUAUUGGAGGAAGCCUGGCAUGUGUCUGACACAGUCAGUGCUUCAACAGCCCUCUUCGGGCUUGGCUUCCUGAGCAAGCCCCCAGGGCCGCUGAGCAGUUUCGCCAUUUUCCGUCACUUCGUUGGCUUCCUCUGUGGACUGCUGGGCUGUCUCUCCACCGGCGCUGCGGCGGAAACCUUGGUGAUCCACUGGGUGGGCCGAGUCAAGGUGUCAUGGCCAUCGGUGGUGCUGGCGCAAGCGUUGGGACAACUCAUCAUCUCGCCCUUCGCCUUCGCCGUGUCCGGAGAACCUCUGAGGCACACCUCCACAGCUCUGUCGUUUAGGCUCUUCACUCAGCAGCAGCUGGGGGUGGCGCUGCUGUUGUCCUUGUUGGGUUUCGCCUCGCAGAUCGCACAGAUCAAGGGCAUGCAGCAGGCAAGAAUAGCCUCAGCUUCGGUGAUCCACUACAUGUUAUGCCCCUUGUUGGGGCUGCUGUAUCAACACCUCGUCUUGCCCGAAGAGCUGACUUGGACCAGCUUUGCAGGCUAUGGUUUCGUGAGUAUGGCGAUAGUGAUGUCGCACCUGGCCAAAGAACGCCGGGUGCAGCUAGCAGCUCCGCCAGCUCCGAAGUACAGCGAGGUGGCGAGAAGUGAGACUCGAAGCGAGGGCGAGGGCAGUCCUGCGCAGAGCGUCGAGUGUAUGGGCUUCAACCCCCAGGAUGCCUCUGUAUAUGGCAAGAGAAGCUUCUUCGACGAAGGGCCAGGUCAAGACAGGGAGGAUGAAAUGAUCGAAGCCCUACAGAGCGACGGCUUCAGUUCCUUGGCUGGUCAGUUCCGCCGCCGGCAGGCUGAAUUGGCCUUGGCCGAAGUCCAGUGGUCUUCUCGGGAGGUGGUUAACAUCCCAGUGGUGAGAUCCGUAAAAUCAACGGUGGUCAAAGCAGGUCCUUGUUGGCUGAAAACAGUGCGGCUCUUGCCCCCUUUCUUCGCCCCCUUUGCCAUGGCCUUCCAACGAAACACCUGGCAGGAGGCCUUGGACGUGCUCCUAGACGUGAAGUUUCAGCUCUCGUCCAACGGGAAACCCUUGGAGCCGAGCGGAGCCGAAUCGGCAGCUCUUCAUCGACCUUUACGGACAGUAGAGGAAGCGAACGAAGCGGGAGAGGCCUCCCCGAGCAAGAAGCCGCGCAACUUGAAACGAACCUUGGAAGAUGGAUGGGUGCCCAUUUUAUUGCUGGCCCUCUCAGCCUUGGGCUUUUCAAUCCAGGCCCUGAUGGUCCGGUCCCUCACCGUGCAGGGCAUCGGAACAUUUCAGCUGCUGAUCUUCCGCGGCACCUGCCAGGCCCUUGGCUGUUGCGUGUGCCUUUCUGCGAAGGGCAUAGGUCUUUCCAGUUGGCUGGGCAGCACACGUUUGGAACACACUGCACUGCUGGUGCGAGCCGUGGUGGGCUAUGGCGGAAUUUGCUUUGGCUUUCUGUGCGUCUCUGCCAUGCCGCUGGCUGACUCUCAGAUUCUGGGGCAAACGGCCCCCAUUUUUUCUGCUGCCUUCGCGCGCAUUUUCCUCAAGGAGGAGUGGCAUCUGUCCGAAUUCUUCAGCGCCAUCGCCGCCAUUCUGGGCGUCGGCUUCAUCUCGAAACCCGAGACGCUGUUGGACGCCUCCGCUGUGUCGCACCUGGGCGUCUUCUACGGUCUGCUGUCGGCCUUCUUCGCGGGGGGCACCUACGUCAUCAUUCGCUUCCUGGGCACCGCCAAGGUGGACUGGGCCUCCGUACUGCUAGCGCAAGCCUUGGGCCAAGUCGUCCUGUCGCCCAUUGCGCUGGUCAUCUCCGGCCAAGAGCUGAGGCUCUUUAGCCGGCAGCAGCUGGCCGUCGCCUUGGGCAUCGGCUUCUGUGGCUUUGCGUCGCAAGUGGCAAUGACCAAAGGAAUGCAGAAGGAGAAAUCCGCCAUGGCGUCGCUGAUCCGGCAGAGUUUGUGCCCGGUCUUCGCGAUGCUGUGGCAACCGCUCUGCUUCCCAGAGGACCAGCUGAGUUGGACCAGUUUCGCAGGUUUUGGGACCAUCAUGCUGGGCUUACUAGUGACCGUUGUGGCCAAGGCCUUCCGUGAGCCGACGACGACGAAGUACACGGAGGUGGCAGGAAAGGACGAGGGCGCGUCUGUGCGGAACGACGACAGCAAAGUGGACGAGGAGGAUAGCAACGUCUACGGCAAGAGGAGCUUUCCUGAAUCUCCCGUUGGCGGCCUUGAGAAUGAGAUCAUUGAACCGCAAAAAGAAGCCAAAACUGCACUUGCAAAGGAUGUGCCCUAA